AUGCUACCUAGUAUUUUCGGUAAUACGUUACGUACUCGAAUGGCUAUGGUAGGCCUUAAUACUAUACCAUCUAUUCGUCCACAAUUAGCCAGAAAUUAUGCGACUUUGAAAGAAGUUGAAACUCGUUUGAAAUCAAUCAAAAAUAUUGAAAAAAUUACAAAAACUAUGAAAAUUGUUGCCUCGACAAGAUUAAGUAAAGCUGAAAAGGCUAAAGUAUCAGCAAAGAGAGUCGAUGAAGCAGACAGACAAUUUUACGAAAACGCUAAGACUAAACAAUUGAUCUCAGAGGAUAGUACUGAGCCUCCAAAGGAAUUAAUUAUUGCCAUUACUUCAGAUAAGGGGUUAUGUGGGGCUAUUCAUUCUCAUUUAGCAAGAAAAGUUAGAUCUCACUUAAUAGAUGCACCAAACGCAGAUGUUGUUGCCAUCGGAGAUAAAAUUAGGAUGCAAUUGUUAAGGAGUCACCCGUCGAAUGUCAAAAUAGGUAUUAACGGUGUCGGGAAGGAUGCACCAACCUUUGAAGAAUCAUCAGCCAUCGUUGAUAAAAUCAUCACCGAAUUGAAUGCAAGACAAUAUCCAAAGAUCAGUAUUUACUAUAAUGAUCCAAUCUCUUCAUUAUCUUUUGAAGCUAAAAACAAAUUAAUGUUUACUCCUGCAGCUAUUGAACAGUCCCCUGCUUUGGGAAAGUUUGAUAUUGACAAUGAUGCUAAUGUUCCAUUGGACUUAUUCGAAUAUACAUUUACCAAUCAGAUUUUAACAGCAAUGGCAAACGGUUAUGCAGCAGAAAUUUCAGCAAGAAGAAAUGCUAUGGAAAAUGCCUCAAAGAAUGCAGGUGAAAUGAUUAACAAAUACCAAAUUCUUUACAAUAGAACAAGACAAGCUGUCAUCACAAAUGAAUUGGUUGACAUUAUUACUGGUGCUUCUAUUUUGAAUUAG